AUGUGGCUUGCCACAGCUUUUUCUUUUUUGGCCCUGGGCCUUGCUGUAGUAAAAUCUGACGCUUCAUCAAGAAUUGUGGGUGGUUCUAUUACAACUAUCGGGUCAUAUCCAUAUGUAACUUCACUUCUUCGGACAAACAAUCUGAUUCAGUAUUCUCAAUUUUGUGCUGGCACAAUCCUUACAUCUAGAUCCAUUUUGACAUCUGCAAGCUGUUUGGAUGGAGACCUGCCUAGCAGAUGGCUUAUUCGUGUAGGUUCUAGCUGGGGUAAUAGAGGAGGAUCAUUGUAUAAUGUUGGCCAAAGUAUUAUUCACCCCUCCUACAAUCAGCGAAAUUUUGACAACGAUAUUGCUAUCAUUAGAGCUAGUUCAGUUAUUGUCUUCAGCGGUAUAAUUCGCGCAGGAACCAUCGCGGGAUCAAAUUACCAAUUGUUUGACAAUGAGCCUGUAAUUUCCGUUGGAUGGGGCACAACUUCAUACGGUGGGAGCAAGUCUGAGCAAUUGCGCCAUGUUGCUGUUUGGACAAUAAACCUAAGCACGUGUAUGAGUAUAUAUGGGAAUUUGGGGUCCAAUGUUACUAAUAAUAUGGUUUGCUCCGGCUGGCUGGGUGUGGGUGGUCGUGGCCAAUGCAACGGAGACGGCGGAGGCCCACUUUUACACAAUGGUGUUGUAGUUGGGAUCACGUCUUGGGGAUUUAGAUGCGCGGAGCCAUAUUACCCUGCUGUCAAUACACGUGUCAGUCGUUACACUCCUUGGAUUCAAGCCAAUGCC